GAAUGAAUAUAUUUUCUUUAGAUAAUGGUCUCAAUUAUAAUGUCGGGGAAUUAUCUUGUGCUUAAAAUAGACACAGUUGCACCGAUAAGCCCCCCAAAAACGUGCCCAAUCAUACAUGACGUUUGAUUUGCGAAACGGGAAAUUACGCCGCUUCCCCGGGUCGGUAUUUCCUGACGGGUUUCCCUCACGGAGGCGGAGAGGCUGGCCGGCACACUAGAGUUCACACCGGUCUCUCUACCGAGGCGAGGACGCCGGCUACCCAGGUCCUUUUCUACCGGCUCGACAUCGCCGAACGACCUGUGUCAUGCGGACCAGUACUCACGACGGGUCCAUUUUUAAAACAGAGGUAACGCGCGGGGCGAGGCUUUGACGGACGGACCGGUCGACGGUGACACGAUUAGGUCAACUUUCGACUGACAGUUGACACGAAAGCAGAGGGAAGGGAAGGAGGAAACUCUGGUGUUGGAGAGUGAACCCCUCGAAGCGGCCCGGUUCCACACAGCGACCCAAGCCGUGGGGGUGGUGGUGUGGGGGUACUCUGAAGUGACAGCCACCAGGGCUGUAACGCCAAGUCGCAGAGGAACCUGCGCUAAUCUUUCCAUAUCGGGAGCCGGGGUGACCGGACAGAGACCCCAUGAAUGGAAAUCGGAACAUCAGGAGCCGCAGGGGCCCAGGCCCUCUUCUCGUUGCCACGGCGACCGGGCUAUGGCACCAUGGGGAAGCCCAUCAAGCUGCUGGCCAACUGCUUCCAGGUGGACAUCCCCAAGAUCGAUGUCUACCUGUACGAGGUGGACAUCAAGCCUGAGAAGUGUCCGCGGCGCGUCAACAGGGAGGUGGUGGACUCCAUGGUGCAGCACUUCAAGGUGACCAUCUUCGGCGACCGCCGGCCAGUGUACGACGGCAAGAGGAGCCUCUACACCGCCCACCCACUGCCCGUGGCCACGGCUGGGGUGGAUCUGGACGUCACGCUGCCGGGCGAAGGAGGCAAGGACCGACCCUUCAAGGUGUCCAUCAAGUUUGUGUCGCUGGUCAGCUGGCACAUGCUGCACGAGGUGCUGCAGGGCCGCGGGGUGCCCGAGCCCCUGGACCUGGACAAGCCCCUGAGCACCAACCCGGUCCACGCCGUCGACGUGGUGCUCAGACACCUGCCCUCCAUGAAGUACACCCCGGUGGGCCGCUCCUUCUUCUCCUCCCCCGAGGGCUACGACCACCCGCUGGGCGGUGGCAGGGAGGUGUGGUUCGGCUUCCACCAGUCGGUGCGACCCGCCAUGUGGAAGAUGAUGCUCAACAUCGACGUGUCCGCCACGGCCUUCUACAAGGCCCAGCCGGUCAUCCAGUUCAUGUGCGAGGUCCUGGACAUCCACAACAUCGACGAGCAGCCGCGGCCUCUCACAGACUCCCACCGCGUCAAGUUCACCAAAGAGAUCAAAGGAUGUCCACCAUCCGUAGGUCUGAAGGUGGAGGUCACACACUGCGGCAGCAUGCGCCGCAAGUACCGGGUCUGCAACGUCACGCGCCGCCCCGCCUCCCACCAGACGUUCCCCCUGCAGCUGGAGAACGGGCAGACGGUGGAGCGCACGGUGGCCCAGUACUUCAGGGAGAAGUACAACCUGCAGCUCAAGUACCCCCACCUGCCCUGCCUGCAGGUGGGGCAGGAGCAGAAGCACACCUACCUGCCCCUCGAGGUGUGUAACAUUGUGGCCGGCCAGCGCUGCAUCAAGAAGCUGACAGACAACCAGACGUCCACCAUGAUCAAAGCCACGGCCCGCUCGGCCCCAGACAGACAGGAGGAGAUCAGCCGACUGGUGCGCAGCGCCAACUACGAGGCGGACCCGUUCGUCCAGGAGUUCCAGUUCCGCGUGCGUGACGAGAUGGCCCAGGUGACGGGACGCGUGCUGCCCGCCCCCAUGCUGCAGUAUGGCGGCCGCGUCAGCUCGGAGCACUUCAUGCCUCAGCAGAUGAACCCUGGGCUGUCGUUGCAGAACCGCACGGUGGCCACGCCCAGCCACGGUGUGUGGGACAUGAGGGGCAAGCAGUUCCACACCGGCGUGGAGAUCAAGAUGUGGGCCAUCGCCUGCUUCGCCACGCAGAGGCAGUGCCGCGAGGAGAUCCUCAAGGGCUUCACGGACCAGCUGAGGAAGAUCUCCAAGGACGCGGGGAUGCCCAUCCAGGGCCAGCCCUGCUUCUGUAAAUACGCCCAGGGGGCGGACAGCGUGGAGCCCAUGUUCAGACACCUGAAGAACACCUACGCCGGCCUGCAGCUCAUCAUCGUCAUCCUGCCCGGGAAGACGCCCGUCUACGCGGAGGUGAAGCGUGUGGGAGACACCCUGCUGGGCAUGGCCACCCAGUGUGUCCAGGUGAAGAACGUGGUGAAGACCUCCCCGCAGACCCUGUCCAACCUCUGCCUGAAGAUCAACGUGAAGCUGGGGGGCAUCAACAACAUCCUGGUACCGCACCAACGCCCCUCCGUGUUCCAGCAGCCCGUCAUCUUCCUGGGCGCUGACGUCACCCACCCCCCUGCCGGCGACGGCAAGAAGCCGUCGAUCGCAGCGGUGGUGGGCAGCAUGGACGCCCACCCCAGCAGGUACUGUGCCACGGUGCGGGUCCAGAGGCCCAGGCAGGAGGUGAUCCAGGACCUGGCCUCCAUGGUGCGGGAGCUGCUGAUCCAGUUCUACAAGUCCACGCGCUACAAGCCCACGCGCAUCAUCUUCUACCGGGACGGAGUCUCGGAAGGACAGUUCAGACAGGUGCUGUACUACGAGCUGCUGGCCAUCCGGGAGGCGUGCAUCGCCCUGGAGAAGGAGUACCAGCCGGGCAUCACCUACAUCGUGGUGCAGAAGCGUCACCACACCCGCCUCUUCUGUGCCGACCGCAACGAACGGGUGGGACGAAGCGGAAACAUUCCUGCUGGCACCACGGUGGACACGGACAUCACCCACCCCUACGAGUUUGACUUUUACCUCUGCAGUCACGCUGGGAUCCAGGGCACGAGCCGGCCCUCCCACUACCACGUCCUGUGGGACGACAACUGCUUCACGGCGGACGAGUUCCAGCUGCUCACCUACCAGCUGUGCCACACCUACGUGCGCUGCACCCGCUCCGUGUCCAUCCCCGCGCCCGCCUACUACGCACACCUGGUGGCCUUCCGCGCACGCUACCACCUGGUGGACAAGGAGCACGACAGUGCGGAGGGCAGCCACGUGUCGGGCCAGAGCAACGGCCGGGACCCCCAGGCGCUGGCCAAGGCGGUGCAGAUCCACCACGACACCCUGAGGACCAUGUACUUCGCCUGAGGCCCCCGACCCACCCCACCACCAGUAUACACGCCCCCCUCCCCCUCCUCACCCUCCUCUAAGGACAAGCCUACCAGGUCCAGCGCUGGCGGCAUCCCCCCCCACACACACACACACGCGUAGAACGCCAGACUGUUGGGAUAUAUAUAUACAUAUAUAUCUCUAUAUAUUUAUAUAUAUAUAUAUACACACAGGACAAGCCAGAGAGGAGAACAGCCACAGUAUGCAAUACCAAACCAGCCAAUCGUUUACAUUCUGCCCCUCCCCCUCCGUCAGAUCCACACUUAUCCCCUUCCUCCUCCACUCCUCCUCCUCCUCCUCUGGUGUCGUUCGACCACAACGGCUCCAUCAGCUCUGACGUCGGCGGGUAGCGGGGGCGCGGUCCUAGCCGCUACUCUUAGCUAGCUCAUCCAAACGUUUUUCUUUCGUCUCUGGUGUCUCAGUCCCGGAGGUAGGUGUUAACGGUUCUGUUUGUGUCGGUGCUCCCGAGAGGUAACGGGAAACGCUAUGAAAUGCUCUGCAGCCUACGGCGAUUAGCCCUAAUCAUGCUGGUUUAUACUGUCCAUGUUUUUAUCUGUGUGUGUGUGUGUGUGUGUGUGUGUGCAUGUGUGUGUCUCAGCUUGCCCUGCUGCAGCACUGUACGGGUGUUAGGCCUGUUUUAGCAGUAACGUCCCUCACUAGGGGCCAAGCCUGGUAAAUAAUGGUGGAACUAUUGUGAAAUGUGCGGCGUUGGCGCUUUCUCAAAACGACACGGCAACAAAAACAAGGCCACCUGCUCCUCCAGGUCGUUUUACUCAUGUGUGUGUGUGUGUGUGUUUCAGUUUGUGUGUGUGGUUGCGUGCGUGUCCCUUUAACGUAGGACAACAAUAAGAGGGAGGGUAGACUUGUUGCCCUGGCAACCGCUAAUGAAAUCUCUAGAAUGUUUGUGAAGGCGGUCGCCUGUGGUCCAACGCUGGGACUCCCGACGCCACGUUGAGGGGCGGGCAGAGCGAAGGGAGAGCGAGGGUCGAGGGGAAAAAGCCUCUUCAAAGAUGAUAUCGGUACAGCUCUGUCUGCCCCCCCCCUUUUUUUAAUUUUUAGUUUAUUUUGCGCCAUUUCCUUCCGGUUAUCGUUUUUAAUUUGAAUUAACAUUUAUGUUCAGCAAUAGAUCUCAGUGGAGGGACGGAUCUUUCUUUUCGGUGUUAUAUUUCAAUACGUACGUUGGCGAGUCGACUGUCGUUCCUGCAGUGCAAUAAGGCGCUUGAGGCGAGGCCCAGAGUGUUCCAGCGGAGGGAGGGAUCUUGGUAUUUGAAGGCGCUGACUGUUAGACCUUCCCCGUUUCAGUAUCACAGCGUUGUCGGUCUGUUUGGUUUGGAUGUUGGCGAGGUGAACGUGAAGAGGCAUUCAAGGACUUCAGAAAGUAUUGGUCGCGUCGACAGCGGUCGGCGUCUUCGUGACCCGGGCUGGUCGCACGAGGAAGAUGUGACGAGAUUACGAUAAAAGUGCCUGAUGGGGUUAACGAGAGAGCCUCGGGAGUGGAAACGGAAAAGGUGUUUUGAAGAAUGUUCCGGGCCCAGAUGCUGUUGUAGGGGGGGGGGGGGGGGGACUGUGAGCCCCUCGGCAGAGCAGAUGGGGCCUCCAGCGUGGAGGAAGCCCACACUGACCCCCCCCAUGUGAUGUUCGGGCGGUGCUGGUCGAGGUGUAGACGUCUCUACGGAGGCUUGUCUUUGAUCAAGUUAUGGUGCAGAGGUUCCACUUGGCGCGUCUGUUCACGUACAAGUUCACAAUUUAGUUGCGUUUUUGUCCGAGCGAGAUUAGGACUGGGGUUUGUCUGACAUUCUUUACCGCAAAUACUAGUUUGGCUAGGUCUAAUUCAACCGUUUCUAAAACAAUACUUGAACCAAAUGACAUCCUUCUUAGAAAAAUCUCUCUCUCUCUCACACACAGAUACUUUAUCGCAUUACCGUCAUAUCUAGCCGAAUUCUGAUGGAUCACCGAUCCCUUUUCAAGUACUUCUUCAUGCCAAUAGAAUGUCAACAUGGUGCUGACUGACAGGUCACGUCACAGUGACCCAACUGUGGAAGGCCCUUUCUCGGGUGUAGCCUUAGCAGUACUAACCUCCUUCAAAUGAACUACAAAAUGUCGUGUUUCACUCAGACCAAAAGGAAAGUGCCUGCCUGUUUAUUGGAUGACCGGGGUGGUGGUUACCUAGGAAACGUAGUGAAGGGAUAGGUUCCGGCCCACAGGCGUUUGGCUUUCCCACGGCUUACAGUGCCAGUUGCUUAUUAUCCGAACCAAAUGAGCUGCUACGAGUGAAACUUUAUAGUACAUUGAAUAUCACAUCGAAUAUUGUAGGUUACAUUGUUUAACGAGCGGACAUAUUUAAACGGCACUUGUGAGAUUCGAUCAUGUGAUGAAAAUGUUGGAACGGAAGACGCCGAAACAUCGUUUGUGACAAAGAAACUCUAGAGAAAGAUCAUUAAUCUUGAGUAGAGUAGUUUUUAUAAUAUAUAAAUAUAUAUCGUGCGACGCCUCAUGGUUCUAAUGUAUGCUGAAACCGAUUUUAGAGUAGUGAUCCGGUCUGUUCCAUCCCGCCCCCUCGUGGGUUUGGGUCCGGGUCCAAGCUGAGCUGCCUCUUGACGUCGGACCUUAAAGCAGCGAUUUGCGCGAGUUUUACUUGAAGAUCGGCAAAAAACGAAACGGAGACUGGCGUGCUAGCAUGUAGCUAGCCGUAGCUACUCUGCGUCUCCCGGAGUUCUCUAGAAUGUGUGUGCAGCCACGAUGUAUUGGAGAGUCUCUUUGACGCAUGCUGCAGCUGAGGCAGGGCAUUGGUUAUUGGCGCGAGAGCAAUGGCCGCCAAGCAGUGUGUCUUCAAAGUGCUUAACAUCCGAUGCCUUUUACUCAAACCAUUCGAAAAAAACAUUUUUUUAAAAUUCUUGAAUGGAGAAAAAAAAAAAUAUUUAUACUUAAAGAUAUUAAUAUAAUGCACCCAUACUACUUAUUUUUGCUAACAAAAAAAAAUCCUAUAUGACAUAGAGAUAAUUAAGUAGGACGUUAAUAAUGAAAUAAUAGUAAUAGUCACUAAUAAUUUAUCCCAGUUGAAAUAAUGCAAUAGGUUUACUGGUCAACCAUGGAGGCGAUGGCUUUGCUGCAUUGACUUACUUAAUGGAUGGUUCUUCUUUUAUUGUAUCGUUUUAGUUUUGGGAAGGUUGUUUUUGUCCUGUAAUAAGCAGACGAACUUUCAACCCCCCUCAAACUUGUGUUUGUUUGUAUUCGCUUAAACCCAGGGACCUGUAAUGAAACCUCUCCUUCCACUGUUCAGUUGUUCUCUCUCUCUCUCUCUCUCUCUCUCUCUCUGUCUCUCUGUCUCUCUGUCUCUGUGUGUGUGUGUUGUAAUGUCAAAGAAGUGAAUGACUGUGAUGGCCCCGCUAACAUGGGGGCCACGUCUGACGUCUCGAUGCCUCUACACUGUACAGAUUCUCUCUCUUGGUCGUGGGAGGUGGGUUGAAAGUUUGUCGUCGGACAGAAUCGUCCUCAAUAGACUGUGCCUUUCCCAGAUGGUGCUGAAAACGAGUCAAAUCAAAGAUGAAAUCUUAACAUUCAAAUAAAUAAGUAAAAUUAUGUUUUGGGCGGUUUAGCCCGUGUCUACAUUGAUAAGUAUAUAUAUUGACACAUGACUAUACUGUAAGAUGUGAUAUGUGUAUGUAUAUGUAUGCUUUGUGUGUGUGUGUGUGUGUGUGUGUGCGUGUGUGUACCUCUGACAUAUGCCAAGAAUACAGAAUAUGCAGACCUGCUCAGUGUGGAUCUAACAGGACCAAAAGGUCGGUGGGAAUUGGUCACAACAAGCCGGGCACUCAAAAGCACAACCUGCAAAUUAGCAUUUCUAAGCCGGGUAACUUGUACACACACGUUUUUCGCUCCAAAGGUAACAAGUAGCUAAAUGUCAUGUAGCAUCUAAUUUAUUUUAAACCCGUUUUCCCCUAAUAUGUUUAAAGAUCAAAGUAUACUUUCCUCCCACUUUGCCUGGGCAGCAAUAACCAACGUUUUUGUUUUUAAACGCUUGUGCAAUGUGUGUUGUAUGCAUUACAGUUGGCCCAGAUUAUCCCGCAAGUCAAUUCUUAUUUUUAGACCAACCUUGUCUUAUUACUCUUGUAACGUUGUUGUCAUUAGCCGGGGCCAUUGUAAGUGUGUGGUUCAUUGGGGGACCCUCAAAUUUCAUACGUACUAUUUAUACACAAGUUUACAGAGAUUACGAUACGAUUGAGUUUUGGUCCCAUGAUGAGUGCCCAUUUCCCAUGUAGCCGAUAGCAUUCCCCACAAAAAGGAAAUUGGUCAAUUCUACACUUCUUACGGUUGGCUGCAUAUCAUAUUCAAAUAAUGAUGAAACGUGAUGUUUUGGUUACACAGUAAAUUGUGCUUUUAUGUUUUGUUUGCUUGACUAUGAAAUGGUGUCACUUUUAGAAGUAUACUUGUAUGUCAAGACCUGUUUUGUCUUAACACUUAACUGAUACUGGUCCUAAGUUGAGCCUUUUUUUGGUCGUCAUAUUUAAUUGUUUUGAUUAAAUAUUAUAUGAAUGAAAGCUA